GGAAGCCUCCGUGUUGUUGCUGCUGAGCGGAAGCAUGUUGCCGCCUCGUGUGUGACAGGUGAGCUGUUGAUCUUGACACCAGCAGCAGCAUCCACUGAGUCCAACCAGCCCUCAGAGACAGGAUGUCCACCCCCGGGGAUGAAGCCCCAGAGCCCGGCUCUGACACACUGGGUCUGUCCACGUCCUCCUCCCCUGAGGCUGAUGCCACCAGUGGAUCCAUCAUCACCGUCACCGUCGGAGCAACCGUGCCCACAGGGUUUGAACACACUGCUGCAGAGGAGGUCAAGGAGAAGAUAGGGGCGGACGCACGAAUCAGCAAAGAUCGUGGUCGCAUUUACUUUCCAAUAACUACUGACAAGCUUUUCCAGGUCCAUCUUCUGAGGUCUGUAGACAACCUGUUUGUUGUGGUUGACGAAUACGAUCAUUACCAGUUCAAACAGUCUAAGGAGGAGACACUGACGGAGCUUCAGCAGCUCGCCUCCAAACUCCCCUGGACCGACGCCCUGGAGGUCUGGAAGCUCAACAGAACCCUAAAAAAGAAGAAAGGCCACCGGAAAGGAGGAACCGCCACCAAAGUAAAACCUAGCAAUGACGCCAGCGAUGCAGCUGCUGCUGACGCCGAGCAGCCAGAGCUACCUCAGGUGUCCGAAGGCCAAACGACGACGGAGAGCGCUCCCGAGUCGGAGACCUGCGAACAGGACUCGCAGGAGGCAGCCCCGGAGGCCAAAGUCAUCAAGUUUCGGGUGACGUGCAACAGGGCCGGUGACAAACACAGCUUCUCCUCUAAUGAGGCAGCCAGAGACUUUGGUGGGGCUGUGCAAGAGUUCUUCCAGUGGAAAGCCGACAUGACAAAGUUUGACAUAGAGGUCUUACUAAACAUCCACAAUGAGGAGGUGGUGAUCGGCAUCGCGCUCACUGAAGAGAGUCUUCAUCGCAGAAACAUCAGCCACUUCGGACCGACCACGCUGCGAUCGACCUUGUGCUACGGCAUGCUCAGGCUGUGUAAACCUCAGGCGUCUGAUGUGAUACUUGAUCCUAUGUGUGGGACUGGAGCCAUACCACUGGAGGGUGCUAUAGAGUUUAACAGUUCCUUCUACAUUGCUGGUGACAACAACGACAUGGCAGUGAACCGCACGGUCAAUAACAUAUGUCACAUCCAGAAGCGGAGAGCAGAGAAGGCCAGCGCGUCCGGAUUGCCUAUUGACACGGUGCAGUGGGAUCUGUGCAGUUUACCCAUAAGGACCAGCUCCGUCGACAUUAUCAUCACCGACAUGCCCUUUGGGAAGAGGAUGGGUUCUAGGAAGAAGAACUGGGACCUGUACCCGUCUUGUCUCAGAGAAAUGGCUCGUGUGUGCAGACCCGGCUCAGGAAAGGCGGUCCUCCUGACCCAGGACAAGAAGUGUUUUUCCAAGGCUAUCUCCAGGAUGGGAGGACUGUGGAGGAAGCUCCACACUGUUUGGGUCAAUGUCGGGGGUUUACAUGCUGGAGUCUACCUCCUCAAGCGGACCCCAGCCGUGUUUGGCCAAACUCCUGAGGACGUCCAUGAAUCACGAGGGGUGGUUGAAACGCAGGGAGAUAAGAAGGAGGACGAGGAGGAGGUCUCUGAAACGACACCCUGCGUUUAGGUCCUGAAGAGUUUACAUUAUUUAUAUUCUCUGUACCAUCUUACCUUCUUUUCUUUUUGGUUAAAUUCAGGUUCUCGGGUCAAGCAUGCCAAACAGUCACAGUGUAUAGUUUUUUCUUUUUGUAUUUUUUUAUUUGGUUAAAAACUGGAAGUAACCGUCAUGUUCAGCAGCAGUUUAACGGUUCGCACACUGUUUGACAAACGGCUUUAAUUUGCCAUAUUGCAAAGAAACCUACUGAAGAUUCAAUCAUUGCACCGCUCAGCUUCUCUGUGUUCACUGUACAGGAAGUACACCUUGAUUAAUAAAGCUUUAAUGUGUGUGUUGAUAGAAA